AUGACAAGAGACAGAGUUGUGCUGGGAAUAAGAGAAAAUGAAACGAGAGAAGACUUGCUAAAGAUAAGAAAACUUGACCUUGACAGGUGCAUUGAUGUGUGCAGGGCUGCACAGUCUGUUUCGUUGUGUGACAGAGGAUUGAAGCCAGUUAUGCCUGAUACUGUGCACAAAAUAAGGGCAAGAUUUCCCGAGGUCAAGGAUAAGCAGUACGUAACUUUGCAGAAAGAGCAGUGCAGAUUUUGCAACUUCUCUCACGUCAUGAAGAAAGAAAAGUGUCCAGCUUUUAGCAAGACGUGCCACAUAUGCGGUGAGAAGAAUCACUUUAAGUCAAAAUUCCCAGACAACAUGAGACGCAGACAACAGAAACAGAGAGUAUCGGCACCCUUCAGGACUGGUAGGGGCCGGGUGAAUCAGCUAAAGGAAGAGUAUUAUGAUGAUGUAUCUGCUAGUAACUCAGAUUAUGAGUGGUGCAAUACAGUCACAGCUCAGGAGAAAAGGCUGUCUGUGCAAGCUGUCACAUGUGUGUCCCCAACCAGUAGGAUGACAAAGUGUCGGAUGAUGGUUGGCGGCUCAGAAGUCGAUUUUCAGGUAGACACCGGGGCGUCUGUAAACAUGCUGCCAUCCAGAUUUGCAGACAAGAUAGAGCGAUAUAGAGGUGUACUAAAUAUGUGGAACAAGGCUGUCCACAAACCUGCGGGGACAUGUCGAAUGAAGGUGACUAACCCGAGGAACAACAGAAGAUACUCAGUGCCCUUUGUUGUGUUUGAGGAUGAGAGGCAACCUAUUUUAGGUUACCAGACGAGUGUACAAAUGAACCUCAUACAAGUUCAACAUGGCAACUUUGACGUGGUUGCUGCAAUGUCCACAAAAGAUGCAUUCGCAGAGGUUUAUGAUAAGAAGCUGGGAGAAUUGCCUAGUACCCAGCAUCUUAAUGUUCGUGCUGGUGCGAUACCUGUGGCCAACAGGAGAGUCCCCAUUGCGGUGCGACCGAAAUUAAAGAUGGAGCUGGAGAGGCUGAAGGAGUUAAAUGUCAUCAGCCCGGUUGAGGAGCCGACGCCGUGGGUCAGCCAGAUGGUAGUUGCGCACAAGAAGUCUGGAGCCUUGAGGAUAUGCAUUAAUCCUCACGAGCUAAAUAAGGCGCUCCUACGUGAGCACUAUACGCUCCCCGUUCUCGACGAUGCACUACAUGAGUUGAGUGACUCAAGAGUAUUCUCGAAGACGGAUCUCGCCUCGGGAUAUUGGCAUGUUAAGUUGGACCGUGAGUCGAGUUUACUCACAACAUUUCAGACGUGCUUCGGAAGGUUCCGCUGGCUCCGGUUACCUUUCGGUUUGUGUGUGUCAUCAGAAAUUUUUCAGAGGAAGCUGCUGGAAGCCCUCAGCGAUCUACCAGGGGUGCUCUGCAUAGCUGAUAAUGUGGUAGUUCAUGCAAGAACCAUGCCGGAGCAUGAUGAGAGACUGGGAAAUUUCUAG